UUUGACAGUACAGUUAACAGUGUAAGGUUUACGACUUGUGUGGCUCUUUGUCUCUAAACUGUGACGAUAAAAAGGUGUCACACUUAACGGUGAUAUUUUCAGUAUAAACGGAGGGUUGAAGUGGCUAUCGUGGCUAAACUAGCAUACUUGACCCGAAGUUACCAAGCAUCAUGGAGGAAGAGGAAGCUGUGAUCCAGCCUGAAGGUGACAUGGAGCCCCACUUUGCCGCGGACACCUACGCUGCUGAGGCCAUGGCUGCAGACAUGGACCCCUGGAUCGUGUUCGACACCAGAAGAACCCCCAAGUCAGAGUUCGACGACUGGCUGGAGAGCAACAGGCCCUCCCAAGUUUGUCGAUAUGGUGACGAAGAGAGCGGUGUGAGCCCCGUGGGCUGGAUUGCCGUGCUGGGCCCCGACCACUGCCCCGGCAGCGGGAAUGUCAGGGGUCUCCAGGAAGACUGGGAGAAGCUGGUAUCCAGUGGACGGCCGGUCAACUUUUACACAGUCAAGGAGCUGGCCCUCAACCAUGGGGUCCUCUCGGGCAAGUGGCUUAUGCACAUGGACUGCGGCUUCAAGGUAGACCAUGCCUGGGAGUGUGUGGCCCGUGCCACCCUGGAUGGUAAGAUCUGCCAGGUGAAGGUCAGUCCUCACGAUCCUGACAAAGGCGGCAAGCAGGUCAUCUGCGCCUACAACCACAACUUUGCUGACGAGAGCGACGUGGUGCGGUUGGAUACAAACAUCCGAGCCUCAGGGGUCAAGUGCCCUCUGGUCUACAAGCCGGACGCAUACACUUACCUGGGGAUAUACCGGAACAACCGCUGGAAGAUCUGUCCCACCAUCUACGAGAGCAGAUUCAACCUGGAGUGUGUUCCCAGGCGCUCUCACAUCGUCAACAAAAUUACCAAUAUGGAGGUCACUUAGGCCGCUUUGCAUUGUGGAUCCAGUUCUUCCUGCACAAAGUUAAUUUGUAUCUUUACUUGCUUACCUUGUUGUCAAAGUGGGCCUUGCACAUUUUUGAAGGGCAGUGACACCCUGCCAAGCAAUUACAUUUGUCUCAUUUUAAUACUUGGCCUUUUUCAUGGACCACAGCUACUAGUUGCAAAUAAAAGUGAACCUUUUAAGAA